UAUGUGUGUGUGUGUGUGUAUUUUGUCAGUCUCACACAUUCUACUUGAAUUGCUAGUGUGUACGAUAGUUUUGCUUUUUUCCCCCCUAUCCAGAAUAGGUACUCUGAGGCUUGUCACCUUUUAAGGAAGGAGCUAAACAAGGUUUAAAGAAGAGGUUGAAUCCAUUGAGUUCUUCUCAGUCUUUGUGACAAAUUUCUCUCACAGAGACAAUCUCAUGAACUUGUAAUGCACUGGGCCUGAGUAACGUGCGUUCCUUUGCUUUCUUUUUACUCUCUUGGAGAAGCCAGAAGACUAGCUGGUGCAUUACCAUGACAGAUGAAGAGUGUCGUUCACCUAUUGGCUUGGACUGCUGCAGCUGCUGCCUGGACCUUGCCAAUGGAUGUGAUGGCAUUGCAGGUAGAGCUGGUAGUGGCAACAACAAUUUGGGCAGCCCGACGGUCAGCCACUUCCGGCAGCUACGCGACCAGCUGAUGUUUGAGAACUUGAACACAGACAAGCUGAACAACAUCAUGAGGCAGGAUUCCAUGGAGUCUGUGGUGAGGGAUCCCUGCUACCUGCUCAACGAAGGCAUCUGCAAUAGCAGCAUUGACCAGACAAUGCUCUCUAUUCUCUUGUUCUUUCACAGUGCCUCUGGUGCUAGCGUUGUGGCAAUUGACAACAAGAUAGAACAAGCAAUGGACCUCGUAAAGAACCACCUAAUGUAUGCAGUCAGGGAGGAGGUGGAAAUUCUCAAAGAACAGAUCAAAGAAUUGGCAGAAAAGAACUCGCAGCUGGAGAGGGAAAACAGCCUCCUUAAGAAUCUUGCAAGCCCUGAGCAACUGGAAAAGUUCCAGUCUCGCUUGCCCUCGGAUGUCCCCAUGUUCCUGGAGGAUCAACCACUAGUGUCAGAAACGCAGGCGUCUCCCAUCACUGGUGGCUCUGCUGUAUAAGUGGCUCUGUCUUGGGGUGGGCAGAGCCACGAGACUGUGCAGAAAUUAACCUCCUUUUGAAUUGUGGAAUAACUACAAAUGAGAUGGUUGUACACAUGAAGAAAGACAUUCCAAUGGCUUAAGCCUGUUUUCUGUGUAACAUACAAUCCAAGCCACAAGCAAUGGGACAGCGAAGAGCCCCGUGCUGGGCACUACUCAUAUCUUGCCUCUGGAUAAGAGACAAAGUGGAUAAGCGAGAGCUGGCCGAGAGUAUGGAGCCAAGACGCCAGGGAUGUUCUUCUCUUCUGCCUCCCGGAAGCAAGCCAAGGAAAUUGAUCCUCCAGGGAAGACAGUUUUAUUUAAGAGAAUGGAUAUCCUGGAAGAUACCACUUUUCCUACUUGAGAAAUCUGGAGCUUCACAUGAUGUGACUGUUCCUUUAGUAACAUUGGUCUUUUUUUUAAUGUGUGUAAGCAGAUUAAACUUCAGUGAAAAGUUCAGAAAACUCUAAAAGACUGAUAAUGGUCAGCUGAAGUGACUACUUGUGAUAUUAAAAGAAAAAAAACUUGCUUUUGUAUACUUUGGGUUAUGUUGCUUUGGGAAUUACAAAUUCCAAUCAAGAAGCAACUUCUAGGUGGUGUACAUUUUAUGGGGAAGAAACUUACAGAUUUGCAUAAUUGUGUAAAUUUGUACAAAGUGGAACUAUGCUAAAGUAUGUUUUUUAAUUUGCACAACAAUUUGAAUUGUGCAUUCACAAUGUUCUACACAAGAAGUACAAAUGCAUCAUUGUAAAUCAUGCAAAAGACUGGGCAGCUCUGUGUCAAAUUAGGAGGACCCCCCUAUCGCAUUCAAGAAGUAAACAGAUGUGUUGGUCCAUUUGGGUGUGGCAUUCAGGGACUUCGCAGAUAGACUGUCAUGGAUCACAAGUUAAGUAAGCCCAAGGUUAAUGGAUCGACACUUUCACCAGUAAAAAAUAGCUACCAAAGACGUCUUCGUUACAAACCAGCAAGUCUGUUGGCACAAUGUCUUGUUAGCACUUGUAACUUUGAAACUUGGGUAACUUCUUGCCAUAAUGUAUCCUUGUAACUGACAUGUUGACUUUACUGUAUUGAUACUGUCUGAACAUUGCAAUAAAUAUACCUGAGUUUACACAAA